GGUGAAAGAGCAAUAACGACAGUGGCGCGAGAGACGGAGCGUGUGCCAUGGCCAAGCAUCAUCCGGAUCUGAUCUUCUGCCGCAAGCAGGCGGGAGUGGCUAUUGGACGACUGUGUGAAAAAUGUGAUGGCAAGUGUGUUAUCUGUGACUCGUAUGUGCGACCUUGUACACUGGUGCGCAUAUGUGAUGAGUGCAAUUAUGGCUCCUACCAAGGGCGCUGUGUGAUAUGUGGAGGACCUGGAGUUUCUGAUGCCUAUUACUGUAAAGAAUGCACCAUCCAGGAGAAGGAUCGAGAUGGCUGCCCAAAGAUUGUCAACCUGGGCAGCUCAAAAACAGAUCUCUUCUAUGAGCGCAAGAAGUACGGGUUCAAGAAAAGGUGAUGCUAUUUCCAUCCUGAUGUGCCUGCUGGAGAUGGGAAAGAUCCUCUCUUUGGACUAUGGCACGGGGAUGGGGGUUGUUUUUUGUUUGUUGAUUGGUUUUCUUUUUUAAUCUUUGCAAAUUUGGGAAAGCGAGUCAAACAAGUGCUGGGGUCUCUUGGCUCACUUAUCUUUCCUCAGCUGUCACUAAUGCUGUUAAGAGAGGAUUGUAUUUGUACCUGCGCCUUAAUUUCUGGAAGUUUAGAUUUCACACACCCUCCCUGAUUCUAUAACUUACUAGAUGGAGAAUCUUAACAUCUUGUGGCUAAUGUCUUUUACCAUGAGUUUAUGACCAUUCCUGUGUUUUCUCUGAAGGAAUAGCUAGCGAAUGCUCUGUCAUUGUAGAUUAUGUGUCAAUAAAGGGUUUUUUAAAAAAAUAAUCUUAUCUCCAUUCUAUUUCUGCUGGACUUUCCUUAUUAGAAAUUAUCAGGGACACACAGGUAUAUGGUCAUUGUCAGAAGUAAUAUGAGAAUCCACAAUACUGAUAGAUUUUAAAAAUCAGCAUUUAGUUUUGCUGUAAUUUGUUUUUCUUGCAUCAGUGCAGUAGGGUUUAGAAGCUCCUAUGCUUGAAACUACUGGUCAUGUCUGCUUCUGAGGUCUGUUUGCCUCUUAAGUCUUACUCAGUUCUGCUCCAGUGGGCAUAUCCUCUUGGAACUAGUUCAUCUUGUAAUAACAUCUUCCUGCUAGUAUAGACAAAGGCCAACAUGAAGCAGACUAUAAAAAUAUGGGUGUUCCCAACUUAAGUUAAUCUUUCCUUUCCAUAUAUGGAAAUGCUGUAUCUUAUGAUAACCUGCUUACAAAUCUCAGCCAUAUACUGUAUACAACUUUUGGUCCCUAUAGAAAAAUAGUUGUGCUACGAGAAAAGGGUAUGGCUUUGAAAUACUGAGGUGGCCUCUGUGUGGUAGAAGACACCUUCCUGAGAGCCUGAGAGAGAAAAAUCCAUGGGACAGGUUCAGCAGGAGAAGUGGCUUCCCAAAUACCAUUAACUCUAUGCCUCAUCCUUUCCUUCCAGGGUUUCAGAAAGGAGGUCGUUCUCAACUGACCUCAUUUACUUCCAGAUUAUAUUGAAUGGCUUGUUAGGCAAAAGAGAUUAAAUCCAGGCAGCAUCACUGAUAUGACUGACAUUGUUUCUCAAGUGUUGUGGCCAAAAUAGGUCUUGCCCCUCUUAGAUGCUGCUUUCUGACCCAAUUGUUGUUUAAUGUCUGUAACUCUGAUUUCUCAAUAUUCCCUGGCUUUCCCAGGCUUUAAAUAAAAUGGGAUUUUAAACUG